GGUAAAUUUGAUAGGUAUAAUUUCUUUUUCCAAAUCAUUUGGCUGAGAACAGAUCUCAUGUGCACUCUACUGGAGACUUUCCAAACUGCCAUUGAACAAUUAAUAAUUACCCUUUGGGUCUGGUUAUUUUACUAAUUCUGAAUCUGUCUAGCUCAUAACUUCCUUUUUUCUAUAAGAAUAGCCUGACAUAUUGUACUGUUAAAAAUCUAGGUAAAUUCUACAAUAUGCUUUUAUCUAUUCAUUUAGUAACUCUUUACUUAAAAGAGACUAGCCUGGCAAGAUCUUUUCUUAAUGAAGCCAUGCUUUCUGUGAAAACGAUUUCCUAAUUCUACCUUUACCAAGAUGUUCUUAUAUUUUGCCAGGAUUUAACAGUUAAGCCUUACGACUCUUUUUGUCCUGUCUUUUCCAACCUAAAGAUAUUUUUCUUUUUUUUGCAGAGAAAAAGGAAGCAUAAUAAAGCUUGAUUAGUUCUAUCUUCUUUCUGCCUGUUAUCAUUAAUUUUCCCUGAGCAGCAGUUCUAUCUCUUUUGAUCUUCUUUGCUUUAAUAUAACUAAAAUAUAGGUACCCUUUGUAAUAGAGGGGUUUUUAUGUGAGGAGAGAAGAGAAGGAGAGAAUGGAAUCUUCCCUCAAGGUCAGAACCAAGGGAGGGGUAGUUGAUGUUGGGUUUGAACCUAGAGGUAGAAGGAGAGCGAGUCUGUUGUUUCCCCUUUCCAAUCCUCUUUAGUUAUUGCUCCUCACUAAGCCUGCCUGUUCACGCCCCACUGUUUGGCCCCUUCUAAAUAGCAGGCUUCUUUUAUCUGGGGAGAGAGAUCAAUUCUCUCUCCCCCCUCAGUUGUAACUGUCCUUCCCUCAGUCUUGAGUCAGUUAAGUUUGUUAGUAAGUUUAUUCUAAACAGUAGGGAUAAAGGAUAAGAUUGAAUGUCUGGUAAAUUGGGGUCAGAAAGGAAGAGGGAAAAAGGGAUCCCUAGCCAUCUUAACUCUUCCCUCCAAAGUUAAGUAACCCAGAUUUGGUGGCCUGAGCUCCUGAGAGGUUCAGAGUGUUGAACCCUCGCUUUUGACCCUGCACAGCAGGUAUCCCCAAGUUCAGGGUAAAGGGAUAUUGGGGUAAAUCUUAUGGUGGACUUCUUUUCUCUCCAGUUCUCUGUCCACUUGCUGGUUUGGGAGGAUGGUGAUCAGAUUCAGGGAAAAGAAAGAUUUCUGAGAUUGGGAUCCAGUCGGAUAUUGACCUCCUUAGGAGGUCUCCAGUCAAGAGAGAGCCGACCAACUGACAACCCCUGGGUUGUUCCUUUCCCAAAGUUCCAAAUCUUUCUCCACCUAUCCCCCCUUGCUGCUGAUGGAAUCUUUGCAGUUUCUCCAGAAACUGUAAUUGAAGGGAAAACAAAAAAGGCUUCAUCUUCAAAUUCCCGUGAGUUUCGCAUACCAAAGAAAUCAAAGUCAAAGCCAGAAGAUAUUCAAGUUCAGGCACCUCAGUCAAGAUUCAGAAGCUCAGACAGAUGGGACCACCCUUUGCAGGGGUGGAUAAAGGGGGUAGGAAAUAAAGGCAGCAGCUCUUUUUUGCAUAAGAAUAAAAAGGAUUUCCAUGGGUGUACUGUCACUUCUAGGCCAUCUCCAAACAGGCAACUCAAAGUUAUGUUGACGAAUGUCCUAUUGACGGAUUCAGGACGAAAAUACAUUAAGAAUCUACCUAGAACUGAUGCUAAUUUAUGUGAUACCAAGAAGUUGCAAUCAGACUCACUGCCUUCAACAUCUGUUGACGGUCUAGAGAUACAUAAAAAAUUAAAUCCUCUUCACCAAAGCCUUUAUUUAUCUGAAAGGCAACCCAAAGUUAUAUUGAUGAAUGUCCUGGGAACGGAGUUAGGAAGAAAGUACAUAAAGACCCUUCCUCUCACUGAGGCUAAUUUGUGUGAAACUGACAACAUGCAAUCAAAUCAACUUCCUUCAUCACCUGUUGACAGCCUAGAAUCUUGUCAAAAGCUAGAGCCUCAGGAGAGCCCUUUUUUAUCUGAAAGGUGUCCACAGUUGGAGAAGAAUCCAGGUGAUAGUUUCUCAAAGCAAGGUGAACUGACUAAAGAAAAAGAAAGAAGUGAUGACAAUUCUCCUAUAAGAUGGUCUGAUACUGAACCUAAAGGCUUUAAUACUGGAAGCAGUGAUUGUGAACAUCAAGAGGAGGGAAGCAGAAAUCAGGAUGACACAUAUUCUGAUUCAAAAGUGUCCAACUGUCCAACUACUAAGAAAACAAAGAAAAGAUUAAGAAGUCAUUUCCUUGAAUAUAGUAAUGCUCCUUCUCUGGAGGAAUCAACAUUGCAGUCAAAAGAACAAGAACAUGAUUCAUUGCCUUCUGAAUGUGGAGAUCCAAGUGAAACUGAUUAUUUGCAUGAUCUUAAGGCCUUACAAAGAAAUACUCUGGAGUCUGUGGAAAUUGGUUUUAUGAAGCCUUCCUCCUUUGAGAGCCAGGAGGUUGUUGUAAGUUGCUCCCAGAACAGCUUUUCUGACUCUUCAGCUGCUAGCCCAUUUCAGAACCUGAAUCCUGUUUGCAGUGAUGCUCUGGAGAUUACUUCUAUAGUUGAUAAUGUCAGUAUGUUGGUGACAGAGGCAGAAGUUCCUGUUCUAAGAAAAUUGCGAAGCAAAAAUUAUGAUGACAAACAAUUGUUUGUCUCUGUUGAACCAAUUGUUGUUUCAAGUGAUGAAGAAGGGCCUAUUGAACAAAACAAUUCAGACACACUUAAUUUACAUCCUGAACAAGGCUAUGAGCUUAUCAUUAAAGAUGAGGAAAGAGUAUCUGAGUUGGAGUUGUCAGAGGAUAUACUUCUAACAGCAUCGAAAUCUGCACAGGUUUCACCAAAUGUAUUUCCAGAAAGUCUUGUUGUGGAUAAUUUUUCUUGUAUUAUACCCAGUAAUGAGAUGGAUCUACACUUGGAUAUUACAUUUACCUCUGUUUACAUUGGCAGCAUAAAAGGCAUUUCUAGUGGUUUUGUUACUUUCACAACAAAGUACAUAAAAAUUCCAUUUCAAGUGUCUCUCAAUAAGAUUUCAUUGUUAGUGGAUACCAUUCAUUUAAAGAAGUUUGGUCUUUGGACUCAUAAAGAUGAUGAUCACUGCAAAAGGAGAAAUUCCAUCAUUUUUCUCUGGACCUCUUCAGAUUACCUAGAAAUGAUUGAAAACCAACUUGGGAAAUCUGUUUUAAGGCAACUAUCUAAAUCUGAUGAGUUCAUAUUCCUUGAGUUAAACAAACCAGCUUCAGAAGAGGAGGAGGAUAAACUGAAUGAAGUGAUGGCAGAAGUGAGCAGGAAAACGAGAUCAUUAGACCUUUGUCAUCCACUGCCUUGGAACCAGGCUCUCCCUUUGCUUCAGGGCUUAUCUUCAAAAGAAAGUUCUUUUAUUGAUUACUAUUGUUCUUCAUCAAAAUACUGCCAUCUCCCUGUGACUGCUGUUGAAAUGAAGGCAGAAUCUCCAUCACAGGCCUCAAAUUCCAAUAUAACCAAACCUAGCUAUACCCUCUUGCAGAAGAGGGGUAGUGGUUGCUAUUCACUUUCUAUUACAUCGAAUCCUGAUGAUAACGAGUGGAAAGAAGUAAAAAACACUGGACCAAUUAAAAAGUUGAUUGUAUAUCCUCCACCACCUACAAAAGGAGGAUUAGGAGUUACUAAUGAAGACCUAGAGUGCUUAGAAGAUGGAGAAUUUCUUAAUGAUGUAAUCAUUGAUUUUUAUCUUAAAUAUCUUAUAUUGGAGAAAGCAUCAGACGAUCUUGUUGAGCGAAGCCACAUUUUUAGCAGCUUCUUUUACAAAUGCCUCACUAGAAAAGAAAAUAACUCAAUGGAAGAAAAUCCAAACCUUUCAUUGGCACAAAGAAGACAUAAAAGAGUACGAACAUGGACUCGACAUAUAAACAUUUUUAAUAAAGAUUACAUCUUUGUACCUGUAAAUGAGGCGUCUCAUUGGUAUCUUGCAGUCAUUUGUUUUCCAUGGUUAGAAGGGCCUGUGUAUGAAGAUUUUCCACAUCAGUUACCUCAACCAUCCAAAUCUCAACAACACCAAGAUGACUUUCAAACUCCGGAUAAUGAUCUACAUAUUACUUCCUCCCUCUCCUUAGAAACAGAAGAUCCCCAGGGUACCCUGAAAAAUACAUCAGAAUCAAAGAAAAUGUGUAAACGACCAUGCAUUCUCAUAUUAGAUUCUUUGAAAGCUGGUUCUGUACAAAAUACAGUUCAGAUUUUGAGAGAGUACUUGGAAGUAGAAUGGGAAGUUAGACGAAAAACGCAUCGUGAAUUCAGCAAAACAAAUAUGGUAGACCUGUGCCCUAAAGUUCCUAAGCAAGACAACAGCAGUGAUUGUGGAGUAUAUUUACUACAAUAUGUGGAAAGCUUCUUCAAGGAUCCCAUUGUUAAUUUUGAAUUACCACUGCACUUGGAGAAAUGGUUUCCUCGUCAGGUGAUAAGGGCCAAGAGAGAUGAUAUCCGGGAGCUGAUCUUGAAACUUCAUUUACAGCAACAGAAAGGCAGCAGUAGUUAAUUCAUCAUCGAUGGACAUAACAUUGGUGUUUUAAAGGAUUUCUGGACAGUUGUUUGCCAGUGUUUGUGCUAUCCUGUUGGCAGAGGAGAAAAACGCCUUGUGGUUAUUUUGUAAAUUAUUCAAAAUUAUUUAAAUUGUAUAAGAUAAUUAUUGAUAUUGUUUGGUCUGAUAAGUGGGUAUAUAAAGGGGUGGGAAUGGGGAGAAUGUAGAUAAACUUAGAUUGAAGUUAAAGUUUGAUAAAUAUUUCAUAUUUUUUUUUCAGUGAAUAUGCUUGGACUAUGCAAAUCAACAUAUGUGAUGUGAGAAUGUUUUAAUAGAUGAUUAAAAAACACAAUAUAUGGUUUUAACCUGCACAAGUUUCUGGGUAUAGGACCACUUACUCCUUUGGUACCAAACCCAAUGCUUGGCAAGUCACUUCUCAUUGUCACUGUUCUUUGCAACUCAAGCAUGCAGUACAAAUACUGUGUAUUUUAAAAUAAUUAUUGCUGGAUGCCAUUUAUGGCAUUGUUUCUGUAUAAUAUAAAAUAGAAGGCUCUUAAUGUGAGGUGGUAAAAACCUACUCAGCUAUCAUGUAUACUUUGUCAAUCUUCCUAGUUAGGUGAUAACUCCACCAUCCUUUAGUUACAACAAUAUUUUCCUCCAAUUUCAUUGACAUUAUUUAAGGAGAUUAGGGAAUUACAGGCAUUUAUUUAGGGUGAAAUUGGGAAGAAACUUAAGAUUUAUAAUUUCUUUUUAAUAAUGUGAAUUUAUUUUACUUUUUAAAAUUGGAAAGGUAGUUUGGCCUUUAAAAAGCAACAUUUCAAAAUAAUCUGAACACUUUUUUACAAUACCUUCAUUGAUAUACUUAUAAAGUAACGUACUAUAUGAGUAUACAUACUGCUCUAUUGAAACAGAUAAUUCAUUGUUAUGAAGAUAAAAUUGGUCACAUUUGCUUUCUGUGUUUUUAACUUUUCACAAGCCAAGUAUACAUAUUUGACCAGAUUUAUUCAUUAGCUUAUUAGAAACCAAUUUGCAUUUUUAAAAAAAUCUAUCUACCCACUUUUUACCAGUAAAGCAAAAAUUGCUUUCAUCCUUUUACUAUCAUAAUUUUUUUCAGAGGCUUUCCUAGGAGAGCUUAAUUAUUCAGUACAUAUUCAGGCAAAAUUUUACUGAAUUUUUGUGAUCCUGUUGGGAUUAUAUCUGACUAGAUUUCAUGGCUAUCUGUUAAAUAUAAUUCACUCUGAUGUUAUCAGAAAUAUCUUGAGGAAGACAGAUAAUCAUAUUCCAUUUUCUCAGAUAAAAAUUUUUGUAAGAGUAUCAUUUUAAUCUCCCAACUCAGAUUUCUCUUGAAUUUUUAUCAUGAUUGUAUGUAAGGAAGGAAAACCAAGGCCAUUAGAGGUAAGGCUGAAAGUCCAAACAGCUUAUUCCAAGUAAUAUGGCUGAGGUUGUGAUGUCUCAGUGACCUUUGGCUUUUUUUAAUUUUGUCACCAUUUUUAUAUUGUUAAAGAUAUUUGUCUUUUGGAGAUCUAAUAUGAAGAUGGGUAUAAUUAUAUGUCAUUCCCAAUUUGUGGGGCACUUUUUCUAGGUCACUUAAUUAUUUUGUAUAUCUUAUUUUGGAUAUAGCAAGUACAGAAAAUCUGCUUGUGCUUUCUUAGCAUUUUCAUUUGUACAUUUUUCAAAGAUACCAUUGUCAUUAUUUUUGAAGAUUUGUUAAAAUACCCUCUCCCUACCAAUUGAUAAUGGAAAUAUUGUGUUUUGAGAAUGAUUAACAUUGUGUUUGAUAUUAAACACAUUUUUAAAUUCAUCAAAUAAA